AUGUCACGUUUGUGUAAUUUGCGGUUCUAUUCAGUUGUAAAAGGUUCUAAAAAUUCACCGACUUUGUGGAGCACUCAGAAUGUAAAGACAAGCGAUGAAAUCAAAAAUAUACUCUAUCAAGAUGGUAAAGGUUAUGUCCAGUUUUGUUGGAAAUUUCAAAAACAUAUUUACCCAUUAUAUAGAUUUUUGGAUAUGCUCAAGUCAAAACAAAUUUGUCCUUUGUUAACACGCAUGAGAAUAUUAUUAAAUAAACAUGACAUUGAGAGAAAACGUAAAAAUUUGGGAUUUAUACUAAGUGGUAUUGGUAUAACCAUAGCUCUAUGCGAAGCAAAAAAUUUUCACACAGAGAAACAGUUUUUCCGUGCUGCAAAAUAUGGCAACAUUCCAGAAUUAACAAAUAUUAUAAAAGGUGGCAUUGAUGUAAAUACACGCCAUUCAUUAGGUUGGACAGCAUUGCAUCUUGCUGCUAUUAGUGCGCAGCCAGAAGCCAUAAAACUUUUGUUAAAGAAUGGUGCUGACGUUAAUGCACCAGAUGAAUUCAUUAAUGUUUAUGGAAGUGCUAUAGAAAAAGGAUUGCACACUUUAGAUGUGCUCAUGAUAAGGGAGGAAGAGUUUUCUGAUCAUUUGAAUAGUAGAGCCACUUUCAAAGGUUUCACACCAUUACACUAUGCUGUAUUAGCAGACUCAAAAGCUUGUGUACAAGCAUUAUUAGAUGGAGGAGCUGAUCCGACAAUACAAAACGAAUCAGGACAUCGAGCAGUAGAGUAUGCUAAAGAUGGAGAACUCAAAGAAAUGCUUACGAAACAUGCUGUAAAAUAUGAUGAGAUAAUGAAGGAAAAAGAAAUAGAAGAACGUCGUAGGUUUCCGUUAGAACAGCGUUUAAAAAGGUAUAUUGUCGGGCAAGAUGGAGCGAUAUCUAUUGUUGCAUCUACUAUCAGGAGGAAAGAGAAUGGAUGGAUAGAUGAAAAACACCCUCUAGUAUUUCUAUUCUUAGGAUCUUCAGGAAUUGGAAAAACUGAAUUGGCUAAACAAUUAGCUGCAUAUAUUCAUAAAAAUAAACAGGGCACAUUUAUUCGAUUGGACAUGUCUGAAUAUCAAGAGAAACAUGAAGUUGCUAAGUUAAUUGGAGCACCACCAGGUUAUGUAGGUCAUGAUGAUGGUGGACAAUUAACGAAACUAUUGAAAAAGUGUCCAAAUGCUGUUGUAUUAUUUGACGAGGUUGACAAAGCUCAUCCCGAUGUACUGACAGUUUUGUUACAACUUUUUGACGAAGGAAGACUUACCGAUGGUAAAGGUAAAACAAUUGAAUGUAAAAAUGCAAUUUUCAUAAUGACGUCAAAUUUAGCAAGCGAAGUAAUUGCCGACCACGCUGUACAACUUAGAGAUGAAGCACAACGUAUUUUGGAUCAAAAACACGAUCAAAAUCCUGACAUAGACGAGGAUCCAGAACAUAUUGAAAUUUCACGUACAUUUAAAGACGAAGUUGUAAGACCAAUACUGAAAGAUCAUUUCCGAAGGGACGAGUUUUUAGGUAGAAUAAAUGAAAUUGUAUAUUUUCUACCGUUUUCUCAAUCUGAGCUAAUACAAUUAGUGGCGAAAGAAUUAGAAGCUUGGGCUGAACGCGCGAAAGAAAGGCAUAAGAUAGAGUUGAAAUGGAAUAGAGAAGUUCUGUCACUUCUGGCCGAGGGAUAUGAUGCUCAUUAUGGAGCACGUUCUAUCAAAUAUGAAGUAGAAAGACGUGUAGUUAAUCAAUUAGCUGCUGCUCAUGAACGAGGACAACUUGAAAAGGGAUGUUGCGUGCUGCUUAAAGUGAAAUGGCAUAAAAACUGUGCAAAUAUAUCGAUAUCGAUACGACGUAAAGGUGCUACGGACUUUAUUGAUAUUUCUAAUGCGGAUAAUAUGGUAAAAAAUGUGAAUUCCGGAUUUUAAUGUUAUCGAAUAUUAU